ACGUUGGCAGCAGCCAAGGAGAGGGGCCGGCUCCGCCAAGACACAACAGGGAGGGGAUAAGCCAGCAUCCCCCACCCCCUCUGGACACGGAGCAGGGGAGGAGAGCAAGUAUCCCCCACCCCUGCGCAGGGCGGAGGAGAGCGCGUCCCGCGCCCGGCGCCUCCUGCACCGAGGCAUCUCCAGAGCGGUGCACGAGAAUGCAGGUCCACAGGGACGCACACGCGGGGCUCCUGCUGCCGUGGGGCUGGGUGACUAUCUGCCUGAUGAGUCUGCUGCAUAUAAACAACUUGACCUCUGUUGCCAUGGAAACUACUGUCCCAGGAAUAUCUUCAUCAGUUCCUACAAAUGAGUCCAAUGAGGAAACUACCACACUUAGCAUCUCUGGAAAUACCAGCUCCUACUUCCUCUCUCAGGAAGGCAAUGAGACCACACCAGCCACCUCAGAGACAACGGUCAACUUUACUGCUACUUCUGGGAUUCCUUCAGGCUCUGGAACCACACCAGCUUUUGUGCAAUCACAGACGUCCCCAACCAUCACACUGCCCACCACUUCAGACAAUGCUUCCACUUCAGAGAUGACCUUGAAGUCCAGCGUGCCAUCUGUAAACGUUUCUGAUUACUCACCUACUAAUAUCAGUUCUGAGAUGAUAUCAACCACUGAAUCAUAUGCAUACACAUCAUCUUCUACUGUCCCAAUUACUAUCAAGGGAGAAAUCAAAUGUUCAGGAAUCCGAGAAGUGAGAUUGGCCCAGGGCAUCUGCCUGGAACUAAGUGAAGCAUCUAGCUGUGAUGAAUUUAAGAAGGAAAAAGGAGAGGACCUAACCCAAAUACUGUGUGAGAAGGAGGAGGCUGAGGCUGAUGCUGCUGCUAGUGUCUGCUCCUUGCUUCUAGCCCAGUCUGAGGUUAGGCCCGAGUGUUUGCUGAUGGUCUUGGCCAAUAGCACAGAACUUUCCAGCAAACUCCAGCUUAUGGAAAAGCACCAGUCUGACUUGAGAAAGCUGGGGAUCCAAGGCUUCAAUAAACAAGAUAUUGGGAGUCACCAGAGCUAUUCCCGAAAGACUCUGAUUGCACUGGUUACCUCGGGAGUGCUGCUGGCCAUCCUGGGCACCACUGGCUAUUUUCUGAUGAAUCGCCGCAGUUGGAGCCCCACAGGAGAAAGGCUGGGUGAAGACCCUUAUUACACGGAGAAUGGUGGAGGCCAGGGCUAUAGCUCAGGACCCGGGGCCUCCCCUGAGACUCAGGGAAAGGCCAGUGUGACCCGAGGGGCUCAGGAGAACGGGACCGGCCAGGCCACUUCCAGAAACGGCCAUUCAGCAAGACAACAUGUGGUGGCUGACACAGAACUGUGACUUGGCUGGGUGGGCAAAACUGGGUGGUAUCCAGGAAAGUGGCAUCUCUGCCUCUGACCUCAUGCUGCCUCCAGCUCAUGUCCUACCUUCUCACAUCACACACAUUUUAGAGACUGUUCCCAGGACAUUUCACCUUUGUGGAGACAGAUAAACUGCCUUCUGAACGUUCAGCUCCCUGAACCCAAACUCUGACCUUUGGGUCAAGUUGUGAUGGAGAGAAGCCUAGGUCUAAAGGAGCUGCCAAGAAGAUUGGUGGCUAUGUAGCACUUGCCUUGGGUCUUGUCUUCCUCUUCUCUUGCCUCUUUACAGUGACUCUUGGGAAGACUAGUUUUUCUAAGCUAUACCUUCCUCCCAAGAAACUUUGCUUUUUACUGUUUAUUCUUUCUAUUUUCUUCCCCUACUUUAGGGAAACCAAGGUAUUCACUGACAUCUGCACCCUUAUAAGUAUACAGCCAGAAACAGUACAUCCCUUAUAACUCUUCAAGACACUGUGGGUUUAGUCACCGACUUCUAUCUUGGUCACAUGUUCCCGAAUAUCCGUCUACAGAGGCCAGGACAACUUUCUGUCUGGUUCCUGAUACUGGGCUCCAUGCUUUCAAGCAACAGCUCACCUAGUCUAUUGGGGCCUCACAGAAAUUCCCAUUGGUUCAAUGUAGACAGGACAGUGGAACUAGACUUUGAACUGAGCCUCUUUUUUUUUUUUAAAUUUAGUUUUGUUGUUAGGAUUGAUCCCAAAACUUCACACAUAAUAGUCAAGUGCUCUACCAUUGAGCUAUUCCCUCUUCUUAUUUAGAGGCAAGGUUUUAUGUAGGUGACCAGGCUUGCCUUGAAUUAUGCAGUCAGGCAGGCCUUAAACUCUUGCUUUAGGCUUCCAAGUAGCUUGAAUUACAGGUCUGAAUUACCAGGCUCAGUUGAGCGCUUCAUAACCUCCUGGGCUCUUCAGAAGAACCCUCUUGCUGUGAGGCUCCUAACCUCCUAUAACUCUAAGACUCUCCCUGCCCUCUGACUCCUGGGGGAGCUGUGGCCUCAGUCCCCUGGUAGACUCCUGUCUGUGCCUUUCCUAGCUCAACCCCCUUCAAGACUACAAUCUUCCUCUCCUGGGUCUGACCCAGGACCCCUUCUCUAAUUUUUCCAGGGGGGUGGGGGAAGAACAGGGAUCCUGAUUUCAAUGAGACUGGAAACAGAACUUUCCAGAGAUGAGAAGAUUGGGUGAAUUUUUUCUGAAUAAACAGUGAUGAGUGAGAAUAAUAUAA